UCGCUACAGGAAAAUGACACGUACGAACAGCACACAGAUUGUGUACUCUGUCACUAGUUACAGAAGACAACUGAGAAUGUUUAGAGCGCAGGAUAGCUUCAUGUCUACACACAAUAACUGCGUAUUUGUUUCGCACAAUAUUAGCUAAACCGCUAAGAUACAAUAACGCACAUUAGCGGCUAACAUAACGGAGGAUGCUAGCUAGGUUAGCUAAGAAUGCAACCGGACCUGUCAAACUUAGCGUGACAGUCAUCUGGUGAAUGCCACAGGUUAGUUUGAGAUACCGGCGAGAAUAACGGCUCAUUUCAACAGAGGCAUUGUACUGAAUAAGUAAAGUGUGACUAACUGUAUGAGGCGCAGCACAGUGUGAAGAUGACUUGUGUCCAGUAGCUGUGUGUUGGACAGCUGGACCAGGCAGCCCUGGAUGGCGUGCCCUGUGCAGUUCCUUUGCCGGGGGAUACGCACUAUUGGAUUAGUUCUUCUGUAUUAUGUCUUCUCCAUAGGCAUCACCUUCUAUAACAAAUGGCUGAUGAAGGGUUUCCACUAUCCCCUCUUCAUGACGUUAGUCCACCUCACCAUCAUUUUCUGCAUAUCUGCUUUUACACGACGGGCCAUGCAGUUUUGGACCGGGAAACCUCGCAUAGUCAUGAACUGGUCAGACUACCUUUACAAAGUAGCUCCUACAGCCUUUGCAACAGCAUUGGAUAUUGGCCUUUCCAAUUGGAGCUUCCUCUUCAUCACCAUUAGUCUAUACACCAUGACCAAGUCUUCAGCGGUGCUCUUCAUUCUGUUUUUCUCCCUCGUGUUUAAACUAGAGGAACCGAACCCAUUCCUGAUUCUGGUGGUCCUCCUGAUUGCCAGUGGUCUGUUUAUGUUUACAUUCAAGUCUACCCAGUUUAACCUGGAGGGCUUCAUCAUGGUCCUGCUGGCGUCCUUCAUUGGGGGCAUCCGCUGGACCCUCACUCAGGUCCUCAUGCAGAAAGCAGAGCUGGGCCUUCAGAAUCCUAUAGACACCAUGUACCACCUACAACCUCUAAUGUUCCUCGGCCUCUUUCCCCUCUUCCUGUAUAAUGAAGGGCUGAGCCUCAGUAGCUCAGAAAAGCUGUUCCGGGUGACGGAGUUCUCACCUUUUGUGUAUUCACUCUGCACACUGAGCAUUGGUGGCUUACUUGCCUUUGGUUUAGGCUUUUCCGAGUUUCUGUUAGUGUCACGAACUUCCAGCCUCACGUUAUCCAUAUCAGGGAUCUUUAAGGAAGUGUGUACUUUACUUUUGGCAACAAAGCUGAUGGGAGACCAAAUCAGCGCUCUUAACUGGCUUGGAUUUGCUGUUUGUCUAUGUGGCAUUUCCUUGCAUGUAGGACUCAAGACAUAUUAUUCUAAAAAUAAGGGCCCCUCAUUAAGGCAGCUUAACAGUAAAAGUCCUGAGCUUGAGUUGCCGUUACUGCGGCAGAAAGGAGAUGAAGGUGAGGAAUCAGCUGCUGACGAAUACGACGAUGAGGAACAAGAAAUAACACUACAUUGACAUGAAGCUAUAUGGGCCAAAGAAGUCUUGAGAGUGACUGUAUGAAUUAUUCCUGAUGUUCAAAGUACUGCUGUGGAGCUUCUAACAACAGUCGUGUUUGCACCUGCCAUAAAAUAAUAGGACAGCUUUACCUCUUCUCUCUCAGCAGUCGUGUCUUCAGCUCAUUUCCCAAGUACAGUCUUGGUGUUCUUUGAGACCGUAGCCCCUUCACUAACUGUACAUUAGAUGUGGACUUCUAAUGUCUCACAAUGUCUUGCCUUAGGGGAGUUUCAGAAACCCAGCUAAUAAGUAUCAACUAAGUAUGAUGUAUGGGACCAGGAAGAGUUUUGACACCUUGAGGUGUAGACGGUGAUUUUUCUUAGCUAGAUACUUGGCGUGGAGGUAAUGUUUUUGUUGCACCGUAUGCACAUUACAUGUAAAUCUUUUGAAUCAUGUAAAAUCCUUGAGGGUACCUGCAGUUUAAGCUGUAAGGAAAUUAAGGGAAAACAAGUAACAUUCCCUCAAACACUGUGACAGCAUCUGCUUAAGGAAAUUUUACCUGUCAGAAAGGCCCGGCUCCAACUGUUGUCACAGCCAGAGGGUGCAACCACUCAUCCUGUACUGUAAAAUGUUCAGCUAUGUUCGUAGUGGGGACCCAAAGCCCUGGCAGACUCACUUCAGGUUAUUUAUAGAAAGCAAAUUUAACAGUAGUAUAGUUACACUUCAGAUCCCUGUCUUUGCAGUUGUCAAACACUUUACAUGCAAACUCAGAAAUGCUCUAAUCACACAAGCCCGAUGUAUGACAUUUAAUGAGUGAAUAGGAGAAGACAUGAACUCUUAAAUUAAAAAAGACUUUUCAGAUAUGAAUUGCACUAUUACAAAGGGAGCAGAUCUGAGUGAUGUCAGGACUAGAGGCAGAAAGGCCUUGUGAAUGUGAUGGGAUGUAUCACAGCAUCAUUAUCUUUAGUAAAAAAUGACCCAAAGGCAAAUUCUGCUAGUGGAAAACAUAGCGUUAAAUUAAUUCAUAACUGAAUUACAAGGCUGCGGACCACCUAUUGAAUGACUCUCCAGCCAUGACAUAAUGUACAAUAACUAUACCAUGAUGUGCCUUGUUCAUAUGAAAGCAUUGAACCAUGAACAGUCAAUAAAAUUGCACUCAACCUUUUAUAUUAGUCUUUUCAUUCUGUACAUUCUGUGAUUUAAAAAUAAAGGAAAAAAUAAAUAAA